GAGAGAGAGACAGACAGACAGACAGAGAGACAGACAGACAGAGAGACAGACAGACAGGUAAAGGUGUUAGAGUCCGCUCAUAAACACACUGUAAUGUCACCAGGUGAGUCCUGAACGAACCUGUCUCACCCUACUGACCCAUCUCACUGAGCGUGGAGGAGCGUCCUGAGGGAGCAGAUCUGCUGAAACAAGAUGGAGUCCAGAGAAGAAGAACAAGAGGAAGACUCCCCGAGGUCACCUGAUGUCUUAACUACUACUACUGAUACUACUACUAGUACUACUACUACAGCUGCUAGUAGUACUCUAACUACAUCCAGGACUCCUGAUGAUCAGACAGACAGGGAGACAGAAGAAGAAGAAGAAGAGGAUGAGGAGAAGGAGGGUGAGGAAGACGAGUCUAUCUUCAUCUCUUCUUCACAGGAAGCUCCGUCUGUCUUCUUCACGUCUUCCGUUUGUCUCCCAGCAGGAGAACCAGAGCAGUCUAACCUCCACACAGGAGCCGUUGGAGACGAGUUUGUUUCAGAGCAGAAACAAUCGACGCCGACCGGAGACCGACCAGCUCCACCCAGUAGUCUGGCUUUGUCACGACCAACGAAGAAGAAGAAAGUCCUGGUGGCUCCAGCUCUCAGUCUGUCUUUAGGUCGCAGUGAGUCAACGGUUUCAGACGACUUCCCCUCGUCCUUCCUCUCUCCGUCACCUGAAGACGAUGAUGACACCGGGCCAGACUUCGACCUAGACGGUAUGGAGACGCCCUCCGACAGCGAAUCACUGUACUUCCCCAUGUUCGACCUGGAAGAUGACCUGCGGCGGCUCGGCGUGGCGUCCCGGCGUCGCAGAGCGUUCGGCUCCGGUCUCCGGUCCGGGUUCGACUCCCGGACCGGUUCUGGACGAGACCAAAGCGGACUGGGAGCUCUGGAGCGGGAGGACGUGGUGGACGGGGGGGGCACCAGGUGGCGCUGCUUCUCCACAGGUGACCCGCCGCAGGAGAGCCGGGUCAACAUGAGCGUCCUGGAGCCGUUCCUCAGGGUGCUGUCUCACGGAGGUUACUAUGGAGACGGGGUGAAUGACAUCAUCGUGUUUUCUUCCUGUUACCUGCCAGAGAACCGUCUGGAGAACUACCAGUACGUGAUGGACAACCUGUUCAGGUAGAAGACUUAACGUGACCCAGUUUAUAAAGUGUGACCUUUGACUCAAACGUGAAGCUAACGUUAGCAUCUGCUCUGAAGCUAGCGUUAGCAUUAGGGAAGCCAGUUUCUCUUCUUUUUGUUCCUGAUAGUUUGACGCCCGAUGAACAGGUUC